GCAAGUGCCGCUCGGUGCCAGUACUAGUGCGUUCGGAUAACAUCCAUCAUGUCUCUCGGGGAAGAAACAAUGCUUUUGCAGUUUUUUGUUCUUGUCAGUUUCUCUCUGGCGUCGUCAGUCGGCCAGACGGAGCCAGUCGAGGACUCCUGGUACGUCGCCGCUGUGUACGAGCACAACGUGAUCCUGACCCCGGAGCCGCGGGGCCCCUCGUCCCGCGCCGCCGCCCUGCGGCACAUGCAGAGCAACCUGAACAUCUACGAAGAGCAGGCUGCCCGGGCCGCUCUGCAGGGGGCCCAGAUCCUGGUGUUUCCAGAAGAUGGUCUUCAGGGUUUUAACUUCAGCCGUUCGUCCAUCUCUGGCUACCUAGAAACCGUUCCUGACCCCCAGCAGGAGAGCUGGAACCCCUGCACUGAACCAGGCAAACACAACAACACCGAGGUUCUCCAGCGUUUGAGCUGCAUGGCCCGUCGUUACGACCUCUACCUGGUGGCCAACAUGGCUGACCUGCAGCCCUGCCCCCUGAAGACCGCCCCCUCCUCCUGUCCAUCUGAUGGACGCUGGCAGUUCAACACCAACGUGGUUUUCAGGUCCGAUGGCCAGCUGGUGGCGCGCUACCACAAACACAACCUCUACUUCGAGGAGGCCUUCGACGCGCCGCCACAACCUGAGAUCAUUACGUUCGAUACUCCUUUUGCCGGAAGAUUUGGUCUCAUCACUUGCUUCGACAUCCUGUUCCACGCGCCCACAGUUACCCUGUUGCAGAAGCGUGUCCGGCAGCUGAUCUUCCCCACCGCCUGGAUGAACCAGCUCCCUCUACUGGAUACGAUCCAGUUCCAGCAGGCUUUCAGCUUAGGCGCCAAUGUCACCCUGCUAGCGGCCAACAUCCGUAGUGACCGACUGAUCAUGACAGGAAGUGGCAUCUACACCCCUACUUCUGCCACUUAUCACCACGCCCAGAAAGGAGACCCAGAAGAGGGAAGGCUGCUGGUAGCCAGGGUGCCAGUCUUAGACCCCCUGCUGAUGGGGCAGAGCGUGUUCAUGGAGGGGGCGGUUCGGGAGGCGUGUCACAAAGAGAGCUGUUCUGCUCCUCCUGAAACUGCUUCUUCGGUUCUUCCCUCCUCCGCCACCUUCGUCUCAUCCAUGAUGCACGACUCAUUCACAUUUGUCCUCCUAAACGAGCCAGAGGGCGUAGUGAACGUGUGUCAUGGCACCUUUUGCUGCCACCUGCAGUACCAGCGGUUACCACCGGGUGGCAGUACAGAGCUCUACGCAUUGGGAGCAUUUGCGGGAACUCACACCGUAAACGGACGCUACGCCCUGCAGGUGUGUGCACUAGUCCGCUGUGCAGGGUUGGAGGUCAGUUCUUGUGGACAGGAAGUGGAAGAGGCAAAGUCGAAAAUGGACUUCCUGUUAGAGGGGAGAUUUGGGACCAGAUACGUGUACCCGUCAGUUCUGGUGAACAAGCUGGUCCUGGAGCAGCCGGAGCGUCUGGAAACCGCUGCAGAUGGCCGAGUGACCAUGAAACACUCAAAGAUGACCGCUGGGCUGGUCACUGCCGUUCUGUACGGACGAAUGUAUCACCUGGACAAUGAAUGAACUGAUGCCAGGAGAAAAACAUCAGACAUUUAAAAAACUGAUAAUACAAAAGAAAAAAAUUCUGACCAAGACCGGUAAAUGACAAUUCGGGUGUUAAACAUUUGUCUUCUGUCAGAUAUAAACUGCUAUAAAUAAAAAACAAAUCCCUUUA